AUGUUAUUUCAAGCAAUUUCCCUUACCCUAUCAUUAUUUAUUCUUUUCUCUCAAUCGGCCACAAUCGAUCGAACAAUUUCCGUAAAGGAUAAUGAUCCGAUAUUAUUGAAAUUGGUUUACUCAGUGGGCAUUCAUCGGAUAAACGAGGUGAUUGGUGACUCGAUGUGGUGGAUACCGGCUGGGCCAAAUUAUUCAGCCACUCGUACAAUCACUCCGAUAAGCGGUGAUCGUCAUUUCACUUGGGUUUUCAAAGUUUUAACCCAAAAAUCGAUGUGUUCGCGGAGUUCGGUGCCAGAGUCGAACGUCAAGAAUUGCAAGCUCGAUGUAUCAGCGGGGAAAAGGAUUUGCUCCGUCUACAUCAGUUACAACGAAAAGAACGAGAAAAACACGAUGGAUUCCGAAGUUUAUUGU